AUGCCUGCAGCUGCCACUUCCUUCAAAAGUCUCUCCUCCACGACGGCUAACAGCCCAGAAAAACCACGAGUGCUACCCAAAGAUGGGUUCCAAACUAUCCCAGCCGAUCGCCUCAUCGAGGAAGAGGAAAUACCUAACUAUAAAGCUGAUCGGUUUUACCCUGUUCAGCUAGGUGAAAUAUUUCAAGAACGCUAUCAAAUCAUUGCGAAGCUUGGUUUCGGUUCUUCUUCCACGAUUUGGCUUGCUCGAGAUUUGCGAGACCACCAAUACGUUUCACUGAAAAUCUAUGUCAAUUCUUCACUCUCUCACCGCGAGCUACCCUUUUACGCUCAUGUUGAAGACCGUGUUAGAAACAACUCACGUAAACAUCGGGUCAAUAUUCGAUUAAUUUUCGACUCCUUCACGAUAGAUGGUCCAUGUGGCACGCAUAUUACACUUGUUUUUGAAGUUGCGCAGAUGAGUUUGCAAGCUAUGAAAGUAGUCUUUCAACCGGAUGGCUUCGAUGAGAGAUUCGUCAAAGGUGCUAUUUUUGAACUCCUUAAAGCCUUGGAUUUUUUGCAUACCCACGGCGAGGCUGUUCACACUGACGUACACCCUGGAAAUCUGCUCCUUGGAGUGAAUGAUAACAAUCUGUUAAAAACGCUCGAAGAAGCAGAAUUCUCAUCACCUGUGCCACGCAAGCAGGUCUCGUCUUGUCGGACCAUUUACAUUUCACGACUCAUGCGGCCUAAAGAAGGACCGAUGCUUCUCUCUGAUUUUGGUGAAGCUAGGAUCGGGCCAGGGCCCCAUGCUGGUGACAUAAUGCCACUAGAGUAUCGAGCCCCUGAGACUCUACUUUAUAUCUGUUGGAGUUAUCCUGUUGAUAUUUGGAGUGUUGGGCUUACGGCCUGGGAUCUUCUCGAGCCGAGCAGUCUAUUCACUGCACGCGACGAUGAUGGGGACCUCUACGAUGCUGCACACCUCGCACAAUUGAUUGCAGCGAUUGGGCCGCCCCCAAGAAAAUUUCUUGAAAAAAAUCGAGAAAGAAUGGCCGACUUUUGGAAUGAGAAAGGUGAAUGGCUAGGGCUUGCACCUAUUCCAUAUGGCCGAACUAUGGAAAGCCUUGAGAGCCGACUAGAGGAUAAAUCGGGUUUCCUUCGUUUUAUUCGGAGAGCCCUGACGUGGUUACCUGAAGAUCGGGCAACAGCAAAGGAACUGUUACAGGAUCCCUGGCUAGGAGGGGGAGAAGCUUAG